UUCGUUCGUGACUGGUAUCCAAAAAAAAAAAAGACAAUGCGACUCGUUUCGAUUCGCCGUCAUUUGCAUUACUUUUCCACAUUCGCCAUUGUUUCUUGCUGUUACGUCAUGUUGCAUAAAACGUCUUCGAAGAACGACGCUGACCGCAGUCAGCCAGAGCAGCAAUUAGUGGACGUUAAACAUGAAGUGCCUUUUCAAUCGGAAGUUCAAGUAUUGCCUUAUCCAAGGCCUGCUACCAAUUUAGAAGUACAACAACCUGUGACAGAUAUCGUGAUAGAAAAAAUCGAUAGGAUCGUAAAUUUACCAGAGAUGGGAGCACCGUCCACUGACCCAAACAGAACGCUCAACUGGCUCGAUUUGUGGUCGAAUGAUACAUUUUGCAAUCAGUUCUCUGUUCAUCUUCUUGAAGAGAACAGUGUCCAACCUCGGGCUUUGGUGUCUUUCCCUGGAAGCGGAAACACUUGGUUGCGUAUGUUGUUGAUGGGCGUGACUGGGCUGUACGUCGAUACCAUCUAUCCGGGCGAUGAACUUUUCAUAUCCAAAGCUGGGAGCACGUACGAAUUAAACAAGGACUGCAAUUGUUCGUUGCUACAGAAAACUCACGACCUGUCGCUGUUUUCGGUGAUUUACAACAUGGCAAUAGCCAACAAGUCGACUGAGCAAAGGAUCCAUCAGGAGGUUGAUCAAUUCCGCGGAGAUGGAAUCCUCGUUAUUCGCAAUCCCUUCAAAGCCAUCUUGUCCUAUCGCAAUUUUGCCUUCGGUGGAAACAUGGCCGGCCUGGCUCCAGUCGAAGCUUUUUCUCAAGGACUUGAACCCGUUCGAAUUGGAAACCGGAAGAUAUCCACGUGGGAUCAGUUUGUCAGCCGUUGCGUGGCGAGUUGGGAAAUGUUGGCAACGGUCUGGAUCAGAGGAUUGAAACGCGGAGGCGUCGUCUACUACGAGAAACUGCGUCGGGACACGGGCCCGCAGCUGUUGCGGAUGGCCGAGAUGUUGGGCAUUCCGAACGUGAAUAAAGAUCGAUUAGAUUGCGUUCUACGUCACAAUCAGGACAACACGUUCAAACGAAGUGAAUCUGGCCCGAAGAAUUAUCCAAAGAAUCCAUUCACGGAGAGCCAACAUUUGCUGAUAUUGAAAUCCAUUGAAAGCGUUCAACUGGCAUUGAAAGAACGAGGACUCGACCCGUUACCUGUCGAGAUGUACGAUUUCUACACGCCAAUGUACCAGUAUGGUCAUUCGAUCGGCUCUUCCCUGUGAUUGCAUUUUUAUUUGUCAACCUGGAAUAUUCUAUAUUCUAUCACUAACUGCUGAUGAAUUGAAGCCUGUUGUUCAACCUAAAGUAUUGUAAAAGUGCGACCAGUUGUUGUGUAUUCUUUCAUCUCUGAUUUUGAUGUGAUAUUCAAAAAUUACACGUCUUAUAAAGA